AUGAAUUUUAUCUUUGACAUUCCUUUCAGCUUGGACAGACAACAUACCUUCGGACUCGGGUCCUUCUACCGACUCUCCAUCGGUCCCGAAUGCCGAGCUCUGAUAACAGCUCAGAUGAAGAUGAAGAAAGUAAUGCUCCAGCGACCUUCGACCAAAGAAUAUGACACCCUAGUCUAUGCCUUUUACUCCCUCUUCUGGGCUUUAUGCACAAGUAUGGCAAUUCUUAUGAUGAUUCUCCUUAGUUCCGUGUACUCUUCUACUUUCGCCCUUUUCACAGUUCAGAUGAAGAUGAAGUGCAAGCCCUCAAGGGGCGAGCAUCCUCGUACCCGACUCGGGUCGUCUCAUUGCGAGUGGUACGCAUAG